AUGGCUGUAGGAUCAGGACACAAGAUCGUCGUUACCCGGAGCCUGGGGCCUGAUGUUAUGCCCCUGCUGCAACGAGAAGACAUGGAGCUUGUUUUAUGGCCAGAAGACCGCGCCUGCGACCGCGAUUGGCUUUUGUCCAAUGUGAAGGGUGCAAGUGCACUCGUCGUGAUGGUCACCGACAAGAUUGACGCCGCGGUCAUUGAAGCAGCUGGACCCUCGCUCAAAGUUGUUUCCACAAUGUCCGUUGGCUAUGAACACGUUGAUAUUGGGGAACUUGUCAAACGCGAUAUUGCACUCGGUUAUACGCCUGACGUCCUCACUGAAGCAGUCGCCGAUGUCUGUAUCAUGCUGGCACUCAUGGCGGGCCGAAACGCUCGCCAUACCAUGACACUAGUCAACAACGGAGAGUGGCCAGGAUACAGCUGGUCUCCCUUCCUCUUCUGCGGCCGUCAACUCAGCGCUGCCAACCCUUCCAUCCAGCGCACAGCAGGUUUUAUCGGCUUCGGUCGUAUCGCCAAAGCUACCCUGGCGCGUCUAGUGCCCUUCGGAUUUACGACCUGUCUUUACACAGGCCGGCCAGGCACUGGUAAAUCUACCUCUACCGAGGAUGCAGAACUGGCUUCCAAGCUAGGUCUUCGGUCGAUUAAACGUGUUGAUCUUGAGACUGUCGCCUCAGAAAGUGAUAUUGUCUUCGUGCUCGCACCAGGCGGAGAAUCUACCUACCACAUCAUCGACGAUGCAUUCCUUCGACGAAUGAAGAAAACCAGCGUCUUGGUCAAUGCAAGCCGCGGAACGCUAGUUGACUCUGACGCUUUGGCCAAAGUAUUGAAAGAAGGAGGGAUCUAUGGGGCGGGAUUAGACGUCGUAGAAGGCGAACCGAAUAUCACCCUCGAUCAUCCUCUGGUCAAGGAACCACGUUGUGUGAUCUUGCCCCAUAUUGGCAGCGCGACAUUCGAGACUCGAAACGACAUGGCAAAGUUGGCUGCUGAGAACGCAUUGGCAGCCGUUCUUGGGAAGCCUUUGCCAUUGAUCGGUGGUGCACUGACCCUCACUUCCAACGCUUCCUUCAUCGUCGUCCCCGUCGAGCACACCCUUUUCCUCGCCGUGAUGGACGUCGACCAGCCAUCGAACGCCCCUUCAAAUCCCAGCAAGCCACCCACGCCCGCCCCAGGAAACCCAACAACCUCGUCACCGACGCCACGGAGUACCGAAUCUGCAGUAACAGGACCUGCUGCAGCAGGCGCCGUAGCAGACGCUGGUGACACCAACCCCCCUCCUCCAGUUCGCGAAGAGCGGGUUACCAGAAGCUCGUCUAGGAAGCCCUCACCUACAUCCGAGGCUCCCAAGGAAGAGAAUGUUCCUCCACGGAACGCCCCUUCACCGUCAGCAAUGGCUGUCGAUGAGCCACCCCCGCCGCGAAAAGGCUCGCCCGCAGACGCUCAUGGAUAUCCCGGGUCCUCAGAUCGCCCUCUGAACGUAACCGACGCCCUAACCUAUCUCGACCAAGUCAAAGUCCAAUUUGCGGAUCAACCUGACGUAUACAACCAAUUUCUCGAUAUAAUGAAGGAAUUUAAAAACGAACAAAUCGACACGCCCGGCGUAAUUAAGCGCGUUUCACAACUCUUCCACGGACACCCUUCACUUAUUCAAGGAUUUAACACGUUCUUGCCGGCUGGCUACCGGAUUGAGUGCAUGGGGGAUGCUUUGGAGACUGGAGUUAUUACUGUCACGACACCUACCGGUACCACCAUACAAACUACCCAGAACAGCCGAAUGGUGUGGACAACACCAGACGGUGUACCUCUCGAUGGCCAGGCAAUCGAACCCGCCGUACAAUACGUUCAAAAGAUCAAGCAGAGCUGUGACGCCGAGACAUACCGUCAGUUUUUAGACAUCCUUUCACGAUAUCACCAUGCUCCCGAAGCCAUUGACGAGGCGGAGGUUUCCAGGCAGAUUUCCCGACUGUUUAAAGAUGCUCCAGAGCUUGCAAACGACUUUAGAGUGUUCAUGCCAGAUCGGAGUCAGCAAAUACUGGACGGGCCAGCCUCACACCAAGUAUCACAUUUGGACUCCAAGGGACGCCGUAAAUUAGACGCCGUGGCUGACUCGCUUAGUGCCAAUGGUGCUGGACUUCCUCAGAAACGCAAGAGAAAGGUCGGUGACAAAGAGCGCGAGCGGGAAAAGGAGGCGGUUCCGUUGAGGUCGAGUGCUGUCAUACCACCUGCUAGCAAGAAACUCAAGCACUCGCAGGACGCUAACACCGUUUCUUAUAACCCUAAACACAUCAUUGCUCAAACUUCUUCGCCGCACCCAGGUCCUUCCCAGCUACUUCCCCAACCGGCUAUGUCACACACCAGAACAGCUAUGCCCGACGACAGCAACUUUUUCGACCGAGUCAAACGAGCGCUCGAUAACAACCGCGAUCUAUAUAACGAAUUUCUCAAGCUCGUCAACCUCUUCACCCAAGACUACAUCGAUAUGGCAAGACUUGUCAAAGAGAGUCGAAAUUUCCUUGGCGAUACAGAGUUGCAUCGCCAAUUCAAGGAAAUUCUGGGCUGGGAUGAUCGCAAACAGAGGGAAUAUGUCAUGGCUGAGCAUGUAUCUGCGUCAGCUGAUUGGCAUAAGCCUACUGUUAUGAGCGUGGAGGAGAAGCCCACUCGUAUUCACCAGGCUGAACGACAGUCUAGUUACCGUCGUGUUUCCCCAGCUGAGGCCAACGUACCAUGCUCUGGUCGGGACGAGAUGUGCAGAAUGGUCCUCAAUGAUGAAUGGGUGUCCCAUCCAGCCUGGUCGAGCGAAGACACCGGAUUCAUCCCACACAAGAAGAACGUCUACGAAGAGGCUCUUCACAGAAGCGAGGAAGAACGACACGAGUACGACUUCCACAUCGAAGCCAUUACCCGUACUAUUGCCAUGCUGGAGCCCAUCAACAACAAGAUCGCUCAGAUGAACCCAGAAGAUCGGGGUUCCUUCAAACUCAAACCCAACCUCGGCGGGACGUGGAAAGCUAUCCACCAGAGAGUGAUCAAGAAGAUCUACGGUGGCGAUGCGGGGCUCGAAGUCAUCCAAUCUAUGCAAGAUUCGCCCGCACUCGCCAUCCCCGUCGUCCUUCAACGGCUAAAGCAAAAGGAGGAGGAAUGGAAGAGAGCUCAGAGGGAGUGGAACAAGGUCUGGCGAGAGGUCGAUGCUCGGAAUUACGCCAAGAGUCUCGACCAUCAAGCUAUCACCUUCAAAGCCGCCGACAAGAAGGCCAUUACGACCAAGGCGUUCGUUUCUCAAAUCGAAGCUGCGCGCGAGGAGCAGAUGGCUUCUCGGGCGUCUUUGAUCGACCCUCUGUUUGCUCGAACGAGGCCACGACACCAACUUGACUUUGUGCUGGACGACAUUCCAGUUCUCCAAGAUGCGCUGAAACUGACGUUCUCCUUCCUCGACCGGACGCAGGCUCAGAUCAACUUCAACGAGCGACGACGGAUCGAGAGCUUUUUGCGCUCGUUCAUUCCUUUGUUCUUCGUCCUCGACCCAGUGGCCUUCAACUCCGCCUUCGUCAUUGCAGAGGGUGCCGACAGCGAAGGGAGCGAGGGUGACGCCGCGAGCAACAUCGAUGAUGCUGAGGUAUCCAGCAAUGGUACCAGCAGUUCGCGGGGUGGUCGAGGCGGAAAUCAUCGCAAAGGUGGAGGGAUGGUGACCGGUGGCAACGAUCUUCGCAAGAAGCUCUUGAAGAGCGAGCAAGCGAAGUCCAGCCGGAAGACGAGAGCGCAGGAUGCCUCGCCUGCGAAUUCGAGACCGGCCUCACCGGCGUUGUUGGAUGAAGAUUACAGGAUACAGGCCAGUACAAGCCAAAGUCGGAGACCGAGUCGACGAUAUAUCUUCUUCACCAACACCACGUUUUAUGUCUUGAUCCGUCUUAUCCAACUCCUGGUGGCUCGUUUGACCCUGUUCAAAGAACUGAGCGCCCAGAUUGCCGAGGACAAGUCCAAGUCAAAACCCUCCGCACCCGUUGCACCUGGCCUAUCAGCCCAAGCGACCAACACGGAGUACAACUCGAAAGAAUACCACUACGUGUUCCUUCUGGAAACAUGCGAACGGCUGUUCGACAACGAAAUCGAGUCGCACGCAUUCGAAGAUCAAAUGCGCGCAGUGUUCGGGAUUCAGAACGGAUACAAGAUCUUUACCAUCGACAAAGUGAUCAGCGCCCUAAUCAAACAGGUGCAAGUUAUCUUCUCCGAUCCCAAGAGUCAAGAUCUUCUGGAGAUCCUCAAGCGAGAGCGAUCUCUGGUUGCGCCUACAACGCAGGAGCAAAUCAACACUCGCCGAAGUGCGGAGAAGGUUCUCGGACCUGAUGAAAAUUUGUUCAGACUCGACUGGCUCGCAGACUCCAAAACCAUCACCAUCCAGCUGAUCGGCAAGGACGACUCGAGCUUUGAUGAUUCUGAGGUGUUGACUGGACGGUGGCAAUCGUAUAUUGAUUCCUACGUCUCCGCCGAUGCGACGUCGGGAGUUUCUCAGUCCAAGAUGAAAUCUCCGUUUUUGCGGAGAAACAUCCCUGCAGCCGUCAAGGAGACCCAGCCAAAUGUUGCCUCUACGGACAACCUCGAGAUCAAGGUCUGCGUACGAACGUAUCGUCUCUUUUACGUUUCAAAGUCGGAGGACUUUUUGUGGAAGUACCGGAGCAAGGAGGAGAUGGAGAGUUGUUUUGACCAACUGAAGGCGAGGAAUGAACAGAGGAGACGGUGGAUAGACGAGUCUACGCAGUCGUCAGUUCAGUAG